ACACUCUCUUUCCAUCCUCCACUCAGCUCACAGCCUGCAUCACGACAGGACCUGCUCCCCGCCUGCCGGCUGCACCUGCCUACACCUUGCCGUGUCAGGAGCGUGACAGAUUGACAGAUUGACAGACAAGCAGACAGACAAACAGACAGAAUCAUGCGUGUGUGGUGGUGGCUGACGGUGGCGGCGUUGGUGGUGGCGACGCUGGGAGUCCCUGGAACAGACGCGCAAAGGACUUCCAGCAGCAGACUCGCCCAAAUAAUGAGGACGAUGAUGGACGGCGUGGGCAGCGUGGCGUCCAGGAUCGGCAAUGGCAUGAUCAAGAGUAUGGGCGGCACACCAGGGCAGUUGCCGCUGAGAGAGGCACCACAGCGGAAGCGGAAUAAUCGCCCCGUGCCCUCCACCCUCCCUAAAGAUGGCGCCCUGGCCCCUAACGCACCCCAAUCACAGCGUGCCCCCCGGAAGAAGCCCCAAAGCCGCAUGUCGUUCCGCCGCUUCGUCGACACCACCAUGGCCGGCAUUGCUAACAUCAUUCCCAGACUGCGGCGUCGCUCCUCCAACCGCCGCCGCUUCGUGAGGGACGCUGAGCUCCACUAAGGACAAGGAGGCUUCACUAAGGGCGCCGCUAACCCAGACACACCCACACCACCGCCCAUACCGUCCACCACAACACCAGGGGAAGGCACACACACGCCUUACUAACACCGCAACGCCCCUCGCUACUAAUACUAACAGGAGGCACCCCACAUUCCGUCACCGCCCACACCCACGCCCUCCCAGGAAACCCACAGGGGUAAGAGACAAGAGUAAGUCAAGCCCCCCGCCUCUCCUGCAUCCCGGCCCGCCGUACUCCUCCCGCCCCGUCAGUUCCUCCGGCCACGGCAGGAGGGUGGCACACUGGGGUUAAAAUUAGGUAGGUUCUUGAUAUUUUUGUUUUUGUUUGUUUUCUAUUUGACUCGUGAUUUUUUUCUUUUUUUUUCGCUUUUUGUUUUUAUUUUUGUUCAGGUUUAUUCAACUUUCCUUUGUUUUCUGUUUUCUUUCC